AUGUGUCCAGCAUUUUUUAACUUAUCAAGCAGAGAACAAUUUGACAUUAUGCAAAAAAAUAAAAUUUGCAUUAAUUGUCUUUACACGCAUCAAGAUCAGAAAUGCAUAUCAACGCGGCGUUGUAAGGAAUGCAACGAACCACAUAACACCAAAAUUCAUGAGGCAUUCAUGCAAUUAAAGACAAAGUCCGCAAGCAGCAAACUGCAAACAUUGCAGAACGUGGACGCGUCACCGUCCACAUCAAGUGCAUCACUAUCAUCAACAGGCGCCCCCAAUUUGAGCAAAAUGACUAAACAAUACCAUAUCAACUAUGUUGCAACGGACGGCGAAGAAGUACUACUCACAACAGUAGCUGUCAAAGUACAGUCGGCAGACGGGACAUUUAUUACUUUGACAGCGCUUUUAGACCAAGGGUCCCAAGUAACCCUUAUAUCAGAAAAUGCCGCUCAGCUCUUGGGAUUGCAGCGCCAACGUUAUCAUGCGUCAGUGUCUGGCAUAGGGCCCAGCGCAAAACAUAGUAAGGGCAUGGUCACACUUGUCUGCAAAUCUAUAUAUGAAGACUAUCAAUUUACAACUGAGGCACUAGUAAUGUCACGAGUCAUCAACAACUUGCCGAACUCAUCCUUUAAGAUUAAACCCUGGCCACAUAUUCGAGAUCUCAACCUUGCGGACCCAAAGUAUAAUAUUUCAAAACCUAUUGAUUUACUAUUGGACGCCAGCAUUUACUCCGACAUAAUUAUGGAAGGUCUCAUAAGAGGACCUUCGCAUGCUCCGAUAGCCCAACUCACAAAAUUGGGAUGGAUAUUGUCAGGAAAUGUGAAAACCUUCAGUUGCAAUGUCAUCUUGAAUCAAGUUGAAGAUUUAUCAAAAUACUGGGAAGUUGAAGACAUCCAGGAGUCAAGUGUGAACACAACCUUAUCGGAAUCUGAACAAUAUUGUGAGGACCUAUAUCAAGCAACGACAAGACGAUUAGAGGAUGGUAGAUACGAGGUGGCCAUCCCCAUGAAGCCAAAUUUUUGGCAAAACUUAGGACACUCAAAAUCAAUCGCCUUAGCCAGAUUCUCACACAUAGAAAGAAAAAUGGCAAACAAUAAAGAGCUAUCAGACAGCUAUAAGCAGUUUAUGAAUGAAUACGAGUCACUAGGUCACAUGCGGAAAGUCAAGGACAGCACAAAUAUGAACUUCGCAGCAAAUUACUUACCUCACCACGGUGUUGUGAAAUCUGACUCCACAACGACAAAAUUACGAGUUGUGUUUAAUGCAUCGGCAAAAACAUCAUCAGGACAAAGUCUGAAUGACUUGAUGGAGAGUGGACCUAACUUACAACAGGACCUUCAAGGAUUGAUCCUGAAAUGGCGUGAACAUAGAUACGUCAUGAUUUCUGAUAUUGAAAAGAUGUUCCGGCAAAUCCGGAUUCGGACAUCUGAUCAACCUUUACAAUCUAUAAUAUGGAGGUGCUCUCCAAAUGACGUCAUCAACACGUAUCACCUUACCACUGUAACGUAUGGUACUAAGGCCGCUCCAUACUUAGCCAUGCGCACACUACGACAAAUAGCAUUCGAUAACGAAGAAAGAUAUCCUUCUGCUGCGAAAGCAUUAACUAAUUCAUGCUACAUGGAUGACUUAAUAUGUGGAACCGACAACAUCACUGAGGCCAAAAAUUUACAAAAAGAGUUGAUAGAAGUUUUAAGGAGCGCGGGGAUGAACCUUAGAAAAUGGUCGAGCAACACAUCUGAACUAACAAAAGAUUUAUCAUAUGAUCAGCUGGACACUUUUGAAUUCAAGGACGUCGAAAAUAGAAAAACACUGGGUUUGAGAUGGAAUCCUGCCUCUGACACAUUUUCUUUCCAAUGCAAGCUCACAGAAGGCCUUGAAACGAACAUCACCAAAAGGGAACUUUUAUCCGAGAUUUCGAAAAUAUAUGAUCCUCUUGGCUGGCUGUCACCUCUCACAAUCAGAGGAAAAAUCCUAUUUCAACAGACUUGGCUAUCAUCAUUAUCAUGGGAUGAUAAAUUACCGGACUCCAUACAAGAUGAGUGGAAUGAAUUAAAAAGGGAUCUAAUGAAAAUUGAUAGAUUCCAAAUUCCCCGUUAUUUGGGUCACAUCGGUCAGUCACUCCAUUUACAUGGAUUUUGUGACGCAUCUGAAAAAGCGUAUGCAUGCGCAAUUUACUUAGUCACACUUAAUGAUAAAGGCGCUUAUACAUCAAAACUCAUCACUGCAAAAACAAAGGUUGUUCCAACCAAGAAACAAUUAUCACUGCCGAAACUGGAAUUGCUGGGAGCCUUAUUACUAUCACAACUUAUGAAGAAGGUUUUGGAGAUCUUGUAUACAUCAAAAGAAAUUCAUUUACAUGCCUGGACAGACUCCAUGAUAGUACUAGGGUGGCUUCAUGGAGAUAUUUCCAAAUGGAAGCAAUUUGUCGCAACCAGAAUACGACAUAUCACGAAUGUUAUUCCAGCGAAGUAUUGGCGACAUGUAAAAUCUGAGGAAAAUGCCGCAGACUGUGCGACAAGAGGCUUAAGCAGUAUCUCCCUGUACAAUCAUUCACUCUGGUGGGAAGGUCCAAAGUUCAUUCAAGAAAAUCAACAACGAGCCGACCUUGAAACAUAUCAAGAACCAACAAUUGAAAAGAAAAAGAAUCACAGUGUGCAGGCAGCUUUACAAUCGAGCUCUGAUUCCAUCAUAUAUAAAUUACUAAAUGAAAUGAGCUCGAUUACUCGGGUUGCAAAAAUAAUUGCCUGGGUAUCACGUUUCAUAUAUCGAGCACGCAAAAACGUUUGUCAAGCUAAUAACUUAACAGCAAGCAAUAUAGAAGAUGCAUUCAAAUUGAUUAUAAAAACAGUGCAGAAAUUUGAAUUUUUUGAAGAAAUAUCAUCUUUAAAGAAACACCGAGUAUUAAAAUCAAACAGCAGACUUCUAAAUCUGAAUCCUUAUUUGGAUAAGGAUGACAUUCUGAGAGUCGGUGGAAGACUUGAGAACACGAUAUUACGCUACUCUGCGAAGCAUCCUAUCCUUCUACCUACAUCAAGCAGACUCACGGAGCUCAUCAUAGAUCAAGCGCACCGAACGACUCUACACGGAGGCCCAAAACUUACUUUAGCAUAUAUCAGGGACACUUACUGGAUCGUUAGCGGUGUACGCGCUGUCAAAAGUCAAUUACGAAACUGUAUCAAGUGCCGUCGCUUCAGCCAAACAACAAAGCAUCAGAUCAUGGCAGACCUACCCCCCUCCCGGGUAACUCCUGCACGACCAUUCCUCAAUGUGGGCGUGGACUUUACUGGGCAUGUAGAAAUUAAACUCAACAAAGGAAAGGGUGUUCGUACUAGCAAGGGGUACAUCGCGGUGUUCGUGUGCAUGGCAACCAAAGCUGUGCAUAUCGAACUGGUAUCCGACUUGAGCACCGAGGCGUUCCUGGCAGCGCUCCGACGUUUAUGUUCUCGCCGCGGCACUCCGAAAAACAUAUACAGCGACAACGGUACGAACUUCGUUGGCGCUUCCAAGUUUCUGAAAAGGGAAUACAAGGAUAUCGUCAGCUCUAUCAACCAUGAGGUCAUCGACAACAUCAGCGAGAUGGGGAUAACGUGGCAUUUUAAUGCACCGUCAUGGCCCUCCGCAGGCGGCCUUUGGGAAGCAGCCGUCAAAAGUCUGAAGCAACACUUGAAACGCGUCAUGGGAGACCAGAAGCUUACCUACGAAGAAUUAAUCACUUUGUUGCAACAAAUUGAGGCGUGAUCCUGAUGAUGUCUGCAUUACACCAGGACACUUUCUGGUCGGCGGUCCCCUUCUAUCCCGACCUCAGACAGAUCCAGAUAUCACACAUGUUAAACAAAGAUGGCAAUUAGUACAAUCAAUGAACAAGCAAAUAUGGAGGGGCUGGUCCCGAGAAUACCUGCAAAAUUUGCAGACUAGAGCUAGAUGGACCUCCCCUACAAAAGACAUCGAGCUGAACGAUAUUGUUGUGAUCAAGGAGGACCACAUGCCGCCGGGGAAGUGGGCUUUGGCUCGGGUGUGUGAACUCCACCCGGGAAAAGAUGGUCAUACCCGGGUGGUCACGUUAAAGACCCAAAACAACGUUCUCCAGCGGCCGGUCAGUAAACUAAUAGUAUUACCGGUCGGAGAAAAAGAAAAGGAUCAGAAGGAAGAACAAAAAUCAUCGAAAAAUCAAUAACCGAAAAGGAACUUUCGGAACGAGCAACGCAUGAAUGAACAAUUUGUAAUGUUAAACAAUCAGCUGGGACAAUUAGCUAAAGAAAACAAUAUAAUAAGAUUAUCAGAUUACAUAAUUACGAACACAAUCAACAUUAACAACCUGAUAUCGAAUAUCCGUCGGACACAAGAACGCCUUAUCAACACCGUGACUAAUAUCUACCAGGGAAGACUCGAUAGCCACAUCAUACCACCAGAGCAACUUAAGCAACAGAUCAACAUUAUUUCUGGACAGAUAAAUGGAGACUUAUCAGUACCUGUGAAAGCGGAAAACAUUAAAUACCUAUAUGACAUUCUACAUGUCAAGACCAACAUCAACAGCAACUAUUUAAUUCUGGAAAUUAAUAUUCCGUUGAUUACAAGUGAUAACUACGAGUUGGAUAGAGUCAUCAGUCUACCAUUAACAAUGCAACGUAAUACUACAUAUUAUGCAAUACCAAUCACGGAGUUUAUGGCAUUCAACAUGAGGAAGGACACAUUUAUUCCCAUGUCGCAGGAUGACGUUUUAUCCUGCACGAAAUAUCAUGGUGGCAGACUACUCUGUAUGCAAAAUACAGCUAUAUAUCAGCUGAAGAUAAAACAUUCAAUUUGUGAUACAGAAGUUUUGACACCAGAAAAUAAACAAACGUUUUGCAUAAUAGAAACAAAACAAUGUUCGGACCGGUGGAUCAAGUUACACUCAAGCGCAGCGUGGCUAUAUAUCAGCUGUGGACAAUGCCACGUGCGCGCCAUAUGUCCGGCUAGCCUGACGUCACAUACACUUAGCGGAAGCGGCAUUAUUGCCUUAGGUCAGGACUGCACAGUGAAAGGGGACACUUUUACGUUGCUUGGGCAUCACUACUAUACGAGCGAUGUAAACAUUCAACUGCAACAUCAGCAAGCAAUUAUGCUUCCUAUUAUUUCAACCUUGAAUAAUUUCAUAAAUACCUCCGUUUCCGUACCUCAUACAAGUAGAGAUGAGGGAGUAUACGACACCAUGCAGCGACAGAUACAUGCCCUGAAGGAAGCGACCAUCAAUAACACAUCAAUUCAGGACGCACACCAUUACAUUCUUAUUUACUUCCUGCUUAUAGUCACUGGAAUUCUCACUGGAAUUUUAACAGUAUUGGUGUGUUGUCAUUUUAUCAAGAGGAAGAGACCAUCGAGUAGUCGGAAGACGCCGCCAGAGGAACCGACGGAGCAGACCAGUACCGCGCCCGCACCCCCCGUCUACGCGCUGCCCGCACGCCUGUGUCGGAGCGAGGAAUGCGCCCCCACCGCGACAUCGACGGUCACAUUCCCCAGACUUCCCCGGAUAGACUAAAUCUUUCCUUUUUUAAUUUGUUAAAUGUUUAGUUUUCGUUAUCUCUUAAAUUAAUUUACGUUUAUAUUUUAGAUUCUUUCUUUCUUUUAGAGUGGCAAGAUGUACGGUUCACUAAACACGUACGGCUCGGAAUGACAUUGAGCCAGCACGUACAUUGAACCGGCACGUUUGCUUACUCGUCAUUUAAACUUGUACGGAUCGGUAUGACAUUGACCGGCACGUAUGAACUUGUAUAAAUUUAUGCAUUUAAGCAGAACAGCAGCAGUGUUAUAACAGAGCAAUAACAGAGCAUUAUCAAGCA